GAAAGCCAACCGAGGAGGAGAAGCCACUCACAAGGAGCAAUCUCAGAUGAGGAGUGUUCUUGGCUCCUUGAACUGGAUUGUGCGUGUCAACCGGCCUGAUCUGGCCUACGACACCAGCCGACUACAAAGCUGUGUUCAGAAGCCCUGUGUCCAAGAUUUGGUGGACUGCAACUCACUGCUCAGGAGGGCGAUGCUCAGCAAGGAUCAGCGGCUGACCUACGUGUGGCGCCCCUUCAAGUUUGAAGAGCUCAAGAUCCUCUCCAUCACCGACGCGAGCCAUGCCAACGACCAUGACCUCUCGUCGACUGGACAGCGCCUUGGCUUUCGCUCCCAAUCUGGGAGGAUUCUGGCCUUCUGUGGGCCAGACUUCAUUGCCAAGAGUGGAGGCCCGAUCCACAUCUUGGAAUGGAAGAGCUCCGUGAUUCGACGGGUGUGUCGAAGCACACUUCAGGCUGAGAGCCUGAGUAUGCUGGCUGGCUAUGAGGACGGGGAACACCUGAGGAUGAUCCUGGAUGGACUACAUCAUGGCCACGAUCAAGGUGAUCCCAACUGGAGGAUGAGAGCCCAGGACGGGACAGAUCUGAUCAAGCUGACAGACUGUCGCAGUCUGUCCGACCACUUGACACAACAAGGGCUCGGAGAGGUUAACGACAAGAGACUCGCAAUCGACCUUUGCGGGAUGCGCCAGAUGAUCUGGCGUCGACGCCAUGAGGAAGUGGGCGACCCGCUGUUCAGCGACCAGCCGCCGAAGGAUGGCAGCACCCGAGUGCUGUGGAUCAGCACGAAGACGAUGCUGUCGGACGCCCUCACGAAGCACAUGGACGCAAGCGACGUCCGAGCGGCCAUGAAUGGCCUUUCCUUGAAGAUCGAGCUGCAAGGGUCCAAGAGCGAUCGAGGUCAGAAGAAAGACGAAUGUGAAAACGAAGAUGAAACCAGGAACAUGUCAUGCACUGACCCGGAUUGCUCAUGGACCUGA